AUGCACCUCUCCAUUAAAGACGCUAUUCUCCCCCAACCGCCUAGUUUCGUGAAGAAAAAGUCGUACGAGGUGCAUAAUGUGCUCGGGGAGGGGACUUUUGGUCAGGUGGUGAGGGCAACUUGGCACGUCCCACCAGAGCAAGUAGCUGUUGCAGAACACGGAGCUGCUGCCGGAGAACCCUCUUCAUCGUCGGCCAGCGUCAGCACCAAAUCGUCGAAAUCGGCUGCCUCUUCGUCGAAACGACAAUCCACAUUCUUGGGAAAGCCAAAGAAGAAUAAAAAUGGAGACGGCGCGAGCGAUAGCGAGAAGACGGACAGUGGGAUGGUUAAGGAAGUCGCGUUGAAGAUCAUCCCCAAGAAGAAGGUCAAGGGAAACGAGGCCUCUGUGUGGGGAGAGAUGGACGUUCUCAAGGGCUUGAGCCAUCCGAAUAUUGUAAAGUUCUAUGAAUGGUUCGAGUCUAGAUCGAAGUAUUAUUUGUCCUUCGAGCUGGCGACGGGCGGAGAGCUAUUCGAACGUAUCCUCCAGAAGGGCAAAUUCACUGAGCAGGACGCCGUCGCCGUCGUCAGGUCUAUACUCUCGGGCGUACAAUACCUACACGAUCAUGAUAUCGUACAUCGCGACCUCAAACCUGAAAACAUCCUGUAUCGAACCAAGGACCCGGAUAGUGACAUCGUCAUCGCAGACUUUGGGAUCGCGAAACAUCUUCAUUCCCCCGAGGAGCAGCUGCACUCCCUCGCUGGAAGCUUUGGGUACGUCGCCCCGGAGGUCCUCAACAAAGAAGGGCAUGGCAAGGCCGUAGAUAUCUGGUCAACAGGCAUCGUGACCUAUGUCCUCCUCUGUGGUUACUCACCAUUCCGCUCCGAUGACGUGCGUGUCCUCAUCAGGGAAACGACCGAGGCAAAAAUAGAAUUCCACGAGCGCUAUUGGAGAAAUGUCUCCAUUCAAGCCAAAGAUUUCAUUAGAUCACUGCUGAAUCCCAAUCCGAAAGAGAGGCCAACGGCGCUUCAGGCCCUCCAGGACCCGUGGUUAACAACCCAUGAACCGUCCACGGAACACGAUCUCAGCACUGGUUUACGGGAGCACUUCGAUCCCAAGGCCCGAUGGCGCUCUGCCAUCGCCUCUGCCCGCGCCAUCAGUCGCCUCAGUAGCUUGGCUAAAACGAAUACAAGUUCCUCAUUGAACAGCAACGGGAGUAAGCUCGGGCGCAGUGAUACAAGCGGUGCGAGCUCUGGCGGUUGGCUGGAUAGCGACGAUGAAGACGACGAGGGAGUGCAACCGAAGAAAGUUGAUGGGUCAGCAUUGUCGAAGAUGAAGACGACGGGGACGGCGACUAAACUUGGGCGUCCGGCAGAACCUGGGUCGAACGAAAACAUAACUGUGAUUCCCCCGGACGGCGAGCCUGCGGCGAAGCAAGUGCAGGUGCCAGACGUUGGAUUGCCCGCGGACGCUCAUGAAUUGAAGCACGAAACUCAUGAAGGGGCGCACACACCUCUGCACCGCAAGAAGGCGGAAACUCUCGCGCAAAUAGGGAUAUCUUCGCCCCCGCCUUCUGGGAGCCAGACCGACGCGCCGCAGACUCCAACGACGCCGAGAGCGUUCGCGAAGAAACGUGAGUCGGCUUCAACCACGUCGAAUGCGAGAGGUGCUUCCGCGGAACGGCUACCGGCAGCCAACGAUCUCGGACAAGAACAGAGGGAGCAGGAAAAGGCUGACGCGAGGGCGUUGAAGAUGCCUGGCUCUUUCGACUUGUCGGACGACGAGGACGAUACACCCGCGCGCGGCCACGAGCAUGGGCACGGACAUCACCACAAUCACCAUCAUCACUCUUGGGUGAGUAUGCUCCGGAAUCUCCAUGUCUCGAAUAAGUAA